CGGGACAUCGUUGCAGCGAGGUGGCUGAUCUUGCUGGAAGGCUGUUGGAAGACUGAUAAACAGGCUAAUUGAUUAUCAGCCGAGGUUGGGUUACGAGAAGGCCAUUGUCAGACGCAGGAGAAGCUGGGGUAUUUGCAGGGAUCCCGAGGCGGCAAGUCGAGCCGAGCCGGCACGUGAUGACGCGCUGUCCAGCUGUCAUCCUGCGCGCUGCCUCGAUCAUCUCUUCCCCACUGCGCGUCGCAGCUUCUGAUCACCAAUGAUCAUCUCAACGCCCAUCUCUCCCGGCUAACCCGCUAGCACUAACAGCAAUGUUGACGCCAGCAGCCAAGCGGCGUCGGCUCGACGAUGCACAAAGUGCGCUGCGUAAGCCGUUCAAAUCACCUUUUAAGACGCCGAUGCGCAGUUCUGCAGCCAAUGGAGAGGAAACUGUUCCUUCCACCGCAGGUCGCACACCUCCCUCGCAGAGCGUGGCAGCAUCUCAGUCGCCUAUCGAGUCCAAUGAUCCACCAGCGUCAUCCAUUGACUCUGAUGCCCAAGACCCUCAGACGCCGCUUCCUAGCCGUGUUUCGGCGAAACCUGCUUCCAUCCCUCGCAAGAAACCUGAUCCAGACGAUCCGCUCGAAUGUGCCCUAAAGGAAGAGCAGCAGCGACAGCGACAGCUCAACCGACAAAUGACCAAUCUACGUACUGAGCUCGACACGCUUGACCAAGCUUUAUCAAUUGCUUCCUCAACCAAAGAUGCAGAGCUUGACGAGUUGAUCAUCAAAUGGCGGGAAGCGAGUAGGGCUGCAGCUGAAGAGGUAUUUGCGACGGUAAGGGACCGCGUCAACCGGAUGGGCGGAGUAGGCGCUUGGCGAGAGAGGGAACAACGGCAACGAGAGUGGCGCAACAACUUCCAAGAAGAGAAAGAAGAGUCUUCGGACGACGAUGACGACGAUGAAGAGGAUGAAGAAGAUGAAGAUGGCAACCCUUUGACCCCGGAACAGAAAGAGGAAAGGAAGAUCUUGAAGGAGAGGCGAAAGGAAGCAAAGGAAGAGGCUAAACGGGAGCGGGAAUGGAGGAAGGAGGAGUGGGAAAACGAAAAGAGAGAGCUGGAAAAGGACCAGCCCAAAAUCGUGGAUGAAGGCAAAGAUGACGAUAGUUUCACAAUGGACAUGAUGCUGAAGACGCUCGGGGUUGAGCUGUCUACCAUAGGGUGGGACAAGCAAGGCCAACGGUGGGUUGGCUAGGAAACGCGCAAGGUUUGCUACGACGCACACGAUUCAUGUUUUGCUGCAAACGACAGGUAAAAACAUGCUUCAAUUUAAGCGCUUGCAUCUGCAGCCAUGGGUUUCCCUUUCGUUUGUCAAGGUACUCUUUCGG